AUGGCUGAAUCCAUUGGCGAGUCGGUUACUUUCUCCAUCCGUCGUCCCUGUGAUACCCCGGUCAUCUUUGUUGCGGGAACGUUUUCCGAUCCCAAAUGGGAGCCUCUCGAGCUGAACGUUAAGGCGGUGGAUGUCCUCACGGAGGAGAAUCUGAUCUCAACCGAGUAUCUAUUCUUUCGUGAUGUCAAGUUGUCUCCGGGGCAAUAUCAGUAUAGGUUCCGAGAUGGUGCCGAGGGCCGGUGGUUCCAUGAUGAGACGGUAAAAAAUGCUCCAGGGGACGACGGCAUCGUGAGUAAUAUUCUCUCCGUCGAACCCGCCGCAGCCACUAUUUCAGAGGAGAAGUCCUCUCUUAAGAAAGAAGACAACCCCGUUGAAAAUGGUACAAGUGACAAGGCGGAGGAAACAGCAAAGGAAUCUGAGGUAAAAGCGACCACUACUGAGUCUGUGGAAGCUGCCUCGUAUAAACAGAAUGAUACCAAUGGUGUGGCAGAAAAGGAUAUAGUCUCAGCUCAGGAGGCCACUGCCGAGGAACAGAAUCCGGCAGUGUCUGAGCUACCGACGAAGGCUGCUGAUGAGAAGGAAAUCGAUUCAGAACAUGAAGAGCCUCAGUCAAACGGGACGUCGGAAACCGUGGUGAACGGUUCAGAACCUCCUAUUGAGAGCUCUAAGAUGGAGCAGGCCAGUGAAACAGCGGACAAGCAGGGGACGGCAGAAGAAAAGUCGCCCCAACCCCAGCCCGAGCCAGAAAAAGAAGUUCCCCAACAGAAGGAGGAGAAGGAGGAAGCCCCGUCUUCUUCUACCCAGGCCGAGACAACUCCCGCUGCGAAGGUAGAAGAAACUUCGACCGAGACCAAUGGCACAGCUGUUAUCGUGGAGAGCACAGUUGACGAGCCUCAGCCAGAAAUGCAGUCCGAUAAGCCAGCUCCUAAACCCAACGAACCAAUUUCGGAGAAAGAAUCUUCGGAACCGGUCAAAGAGGAAACAACCAACAAGCAACCGACCAUAGAUACGCCUGCUCCUGAAUCUGAUGCCCCCAUAGUUUCAGCAGCCACUGAAGAAACUGUCAAGUCUAGCGAUGGGGACAAAUCUGUGGAAGUUCGUGCUGCUGAAGAGCCAGCAAAAGAGGAACCAAAGGAGGAACUUAAAGAAGAGACUAAGGACGAACAGGAGGAACCUAAGGAGGCAACUAAGGAAGAACCCAAGGAGGAAACCAAAGAAGAGCUCAAAGAAACGCCUAUCAAAGAAAAGACCGUCGAGUCUGUAACAGAGACUGCCCAGGAACCGACUCCGACUGCGAAUGAGACGACUUCAAGUGAACCCAGCAAAGAAACAGACGCGGUCACUGAGGAGCCAGCCAAUAAGCAAACUUCAACUGAGAACGUUUCUGUGGAGCAGCCAGUCGAGCAGCUCUCAAAGGAGGAGCCUUCUGCGGAGGAGACCGUGACAAAAGAGUCAACUGAGGCAGCCGCAUCUGAAGAACCCGUGAAGGAUGAUGUUACAGAAACUAUCCAGGCUAACGAAGAGCCUCCUGCAAAGUCAACUGAAGAGCCGGCUUUUGAGGAUCCCGCUAAACUGAUUGCCGAGGAAGAAAAAGCAGUUGUCGAAGAAUCCGCUGAAAAGGCUUCUGCUGAAGAUGUCAAGGAGGCCGAUCAGGAUCCAGUCCCUUCAGAGGAGUCAGUUAUUCAAGGGCAAACAGAGACCGUCACUCCCGCCGAAGCUGACAAGGAGGCCUUUGAAGAGGUAUUCGAAGGCAAGGCCGCUGCCGAAUCCUCUAAAGAGGAACAAUUUCUCGAGGAAACUAUGAAAGAGCAGUCCGUUGCUGAGAAAGCUACUACCAGAGCACUUGUCCAGGAGACUGCACAGAUUGCUAAGAACGUGGAAGAGCCAGAAACUGUGAACGAUACAAAGGCCCCUGCCGCUGAAGAGCAUAUUGUCGAGGAACCUCGUCAGGAAUCGAAGACGGAGGUGUCUGUACAGGAACAGGCGCCGGAGGCACCCGCUGCAGAACUUUCGUUCUCCAAGGAAACGGCUGAGGAGCCUGCUUCUAAGGAAAUUGUUCCUGAACAGAGCGUUUCCCACGAGUCUAGAGGACCUGUUACUGAAAAACCUAAGGAGCCUACCACCGAAGAUUUCGACGCAGCCAAUCCGACCGCUGAGGAAUCUACUCCCGAGAAGUCAGUUGAAGAAUCUCCAGUUGCUGAAGCCGCAGUCCCACAAGAGGCUCCCAAGGACACCCAAACCGAGACGGCUGCUAUUGUAGAGUCGGUGAAGGAAGAGACUGCUCUCGAACAGCCUAGCGAGGAAUCACAUCUCAAGGAAAAACCUGGAAUUGACAAUCCCGUCACAGAUGUUCCUUCAGAGACACAGCUUGCUAGGGAUGUUGAGCUUUCCGAAGCACCUCAGGCUGAGGAACCGAAGGUUGAAGAAACGAAAGUAGAGGAGCUUAAGGCAGAGGAAGCUACAGCUAAGAACGCCAAGGUCGAUGAAACUCCAGCUGAAGAAACAAAGAUCGAGGAGCCUACAGCUGCGGGACCUGAAGUUAAGGAACGUACACCUGAGGAACUCGUGACCGAUGUGUCUCUCGUAGAGCAGCCCAAGGUUGAAGAGCCUAAGGUCGAAGAAGCUGCGGUUGAGCAGCCGAAAGCCAUAGAGGCAAAGGCUGAUGAAACCAGGACUACGGAUUCUACUGUUGCCAAGAUGGAAGAAAAAGAGUCCGCUCAAGAAAUGCCGGCAACAGAACGGGAAACAAAUAUUGAGAAGUCUGCCGAGGCCACUUCUGCCAAGGUAGAAAGAGACGAAGUGAUUGUUAAAACCCACGAGGAACCUGUCGCUGAAGAACUUGUCGCCGAGACUUCAGUGGCCGAUAACACGGAUGAUGUACCUAAGGGCGGAGAACCAGAGGAGCAUGCUCCCGAGACAACAGUCAGUGAUGUAUUUUCGGGACAAUCUGUCGCUGAAGUCCUGGCCGUGCAGGCGGAAACAGAAGAGCCAGCAAAACAGCCCGAAGUGAAUGAGUCCCAAGAACAGCUGACUACGGAAAUUGCCCAUACUCCUUCCCAGAAUGCAGAAGAAGACCGGGGCCCAGAAGUUACUGAGAGUUCCAAGAAGGUGCAAGCCGCUGAGGACAAGGCACCUGCUGAAACUCCAGAAGCUGCGGCCCCUAUUGCAGAGAAAAUACCGGAAGUUCAAAGCACUGAUGUUGUGGAAGAGACCAAAGCUGCUGAGGAGACCAUUGCCCCCAAGGACGGACCGAUUCCAGCUGUUUCUGCAGUUGAGACAGAGGCUGCCCCUGUUAGUGAUGCACCUGUCAAGCAAAAGACCACUCCUGAUACUACUGAACAUACGCCUGAGCAACUGGAAGUCUUGGAAUCUGCAAAGGAGAUCACCCCGCAGAAGAAAGAAAAUGCUUCUGAACUUAAGGAUAGCAUUUUGACUCAUGGGGAGAUUGGUGCAGGUGCGGCUGCGGCUAUUGCUGUUGGCGCUGUUGCUGUUGGAGUGGCCGCUGCUUCUGACAAGAAGCCAGAGAAUACUACCGCGUCAACUGACAAAAAGGACCACAAAGCGGCACAGGAAUCAGAAUCCGCGAAAGCUCACCCUAUCGACAGCACAACAGAGGUGGCUUCUAGGGAGCCUUUGACCACGGAAGCUGGCCAGCAAUCAUCAACCGCGAAAAUGCCACAUCAGGAAGCACCCGCUGCUUCGACGAACAAACCUUCGACUUCGGCUUCUGCCGAACCUACUCCUUCCACCGAGCCGGAAGGCGACAAGUCACGUUCUACGAGCCAGAAUCGUUCUGUCGCAGCUGUCUCUCGGAAUUCCCAGAAUGACGGUUGGCUAAAGGCCAUCCUGCGCGCCGUCUUCGUCAACUUCUUUGGCUCAAUUUUCUCACCAUUCCGCCGCCGUGGAAGGUCCAACCAGUAA